AUGGACGACCCGGCUUUUGAUACCGAGACAGACCUACAAACACAGAGCGUCCUGCUUGCUGCCGCGAAUCAUGACGUCGCCGCUCUAAGCAACCUUCUCCGCAAUUCUUCCGCCAAUGUUCAAGAUGCUGAGACAGGUUUCACGCCUCUUCACGCUGCGAUUGCUGCUUGCGAGCCUGAUGACGAUGAUGCCACAAAAAGGUUGAAUGGUCACUCGAAUGGCAAGACGAAUGGGACGGUCAAGAGCGCGCAGCAGCAGAUCGAGGCAGCCGUCAAGACAAUCAAGUUGCUAUUCGAAAAUGGCGCCAUCUGGAACGAUUUGGAUGCAAAUGGCGAGACACCAGGAUGCAUAGCCAAUAGACUCGGUCUAAAAGGACUGUACGAGCUGUGCGUUGAUGCGGGUGUGCGCGCUGAGCUGCUGCUGAGCCGCAUGGCUGAAUAUCAGCUACUUGGGGACGUCGCCUCGGAUGAGGAAGACGACGAAGAGAUUGAAGAAGGCACGGAAGAAAUUGAAGUUUUGGAUAUCACACAAAUGGCCGAUCCGGGCGAUGAAUCGACGAAGAGCGCUAACUACCUUUCCUCGAAUCUGACUUUUGACCGAGAUCGGCUUGUCGAUGAUGCUGGAAAUGGUGUUAUGAUGGAGUGGGAGAGGACACUUAUGCGACGAUCUGCAGAGCUCUUACUUCCCACGAGUAGGCUGCGCGUUCUCAAUGUCGGUCAUGGAAUGGGGAUAAUUGAUAGCAUUUUCCAAGAGAAGGAGCCCAAGGCACAUCACAUCAUUGAAGCACAUCCAAAUGUCGUUAAACGCAUGAGGGAUCAAGGAUGGGACAAGAAGCCGGGCGUUUUCAUACAUGAAGGGAGAUGGCAAGACAUUGCUCCAAGCCUAGUCGAGCAAGGAGUUCUCUUCGAUGCGAUAUACUUCGACACAUUUGCCGAGGAGUACAGCGCAUUGCGAGAGUUUUUCAGCGAAUAUGUUAUUGGCCUUCUCGAUCCCUCUGCUGGCCCAGAAGGCAUGUCCGGAAAAUUUGGCUUCUUCUGCGGCAUGGGUGCAGAUAGACAGGUAGUAUAUGACGUGUACAAUAAGAUUGUCGAAAUGGACUUGUUCGAGGCCGGAUUCGACACAGAGUGGGAGACGAUACCGGUUCCCGAUCUGGAUGGGCAAAGUGAAUGGGACGGGUUGCGACGAAAGUACUGGGUACUCAAGGAUUACAAACUACCUACAUGCAGCUUCAUCGGAUGA